AUGCAGCCUGGCAAAAACCAGUCAGGGGCUUGUGGCACGCAAACAGCCAAAACAUUGCUGGAGCAGGACACGCUGCGCUGCAAUGGGUUGGCAAAAGCGACAGAUAUCCCGCUGGCAGAUCCAGCCUCCUUCCCCCAGCCCAGCCGCUCUCUGGAGGAGGGGAAAAUUCCUUUCAAUAGCUCGGCAGAGAGGAAUUUGGCCUCGGCGCUGAUGGAUUGGGACCCCGGGGACCCCGGCGCUGCUGCGUCCUCGGCAGCGGAGGCGCGGGCUGGCGCGGUGCUCUCAACACCCAGUGCCGCUACUGCCCCCGCCACCGGCUCCCAGCUCUCGCUGAAGCUCCCCGGGCGUGAAGCCACUGCAGAUGCUGCUGUUGUCUGGGCUGAGCAAGAGCCCAUCCCGUGGCACCCGCUGGGUGGGUCGGAGGAGAGCUGGCGGGUUCCCAGUAAGGGUAGGGAGGUGGUGAAGUGUGGUAAAGCUGAUACUCCCGAGCACCUCUCUGCGAUGGCCUCAGGGAACGACGGUGACCCACUGAGGGCCCACGGACGCCGGGGGAGCAACGGGCGCAGGCUGUCACAGGAGCGCAACUCAGAAGACCAGGUGGUGGAGGAGACAGAAGUGGUGUUUCGGAGCUAUGCCUUCUACCGCUACCAACAGGAGAGAGAGGAGAGAGGAGAGGAGGUGCCCAUGGACCCAGAGAUCGUGGAGAUCGAGGAGGAGCUGGGCAGCACUGGGAGCCAGGUGGGAAGGCGCCUGGCCAUCAUCGGUGACGACAUUAACGAGCGGUACGACGCAGAGUUUCGCAACAUGCUGAAAUCCUUGCAGCCCACCAAGGAGAACGCCUAUGAGCACUUCACCAGAAUAGCCUCCAGCUUGUUCGAGAGCGGCAUUAAUUGGGGCCGGGUGAUUGCGCUGCUGGGCUUUGGCUACCGCAUGGCCAUCCACGUCUAUCAGCACGGCAUACCGGGUUUCCUCUGCCGCAUCGCUCGCUACGUCGCCGAGUUCAUGCUCCGGAACCGCAUCGCCCAAUGGAUCGCCCAGCAGGGAGGAUGGGUGGCUGCGCUCGAGCUGGACAAUGUUUACAUGAAGUACAUGCUGGUGGUGGUGACCCUGGUCAUGGUGGGGCAUUUAGUGGUACGACGCUUCUUCAGGCCCUGA